CGCAUCUCGCAUCUGAGAUAUUUCGUUGUUUCGUGGUGGUGAGAUAAAAAAAUGGCAGCCCUCGAGGAUGUUGUUGCUCUGUAUCAGAAUUUAAAACGCGAAUGGACAAAAACGCCGUGUAAUUUGAAGAAAUGUGGUGAAUUGCUCAACCAAUUGAAGAUCAGUCUCACUCACCUCAUGUUCCUUCCAACGUCAAAUAGCACGGCCAGUCAAAAUGAAUUAUUAAUUGCUAGAGAUAUAUUGGAAAUUGGAGCACAAUGGAGCAUUGCCAGCGAGGAUAUACCUUCAUUCGAGAGAUAUAUGGCGCAACUAAAGUGUUACUAUUUCGAUUAUAAAUCCGGUUUGAUGGAGUCGGCUUACAAGUAUCAACUUCUCGGUCUCAAUCUCUUGUUUCUGCUGUCGCAAAAUCGAGUCGCUGAGUUUCACACAGAACUGGAACUUUUGCCAUCUGAUCAGAUACAGUCAAAUGUUUACAUAAGGCAUCCUUUAAGCUUGGAGCAGUAUUUGAUGGAGGGUUCGUACAAUAAGAUUUUCCUAGCAAAGGGUAAUGUACCUGCCGCAUCCUAUAAUUUCUUCAUAGACAUUUUAUUAAAUACUGUUCGUGAUGAGAUCGGUGCAUGCAUGGAAAGUGCAUACGAUAAGAUUUCCAUUCAAGAUGCCGCAAGGAUGCUCAAUUUGAGCACGGAGAAAGACAUAAAAAUGUUUGCUACCAAGAAGAAUUGGAAUCUUUCCAAAGACGGCUAUUUUUAUUUUACCACGACUAGCGAGAAAAAAUCUGAGGAGCCUAUCCCGAGUUCCGAAUUGGCAACGCUCGCGAUAGACUAUGCCCGAGAACUCGAAAUGAUUGUGUAAUUUUCAUCAAAUACUGCUUUACGCAACUUUCUUGUAUCUUACUUGGUUAAUUAACACAUUUUGCUCUCGUGCAAUGUACAAUAAAGUCUUUUACAUAUAUGUACGUA